GAGGAAGACUAAGAACUUAUACGUAGCACUUAGACAGAAGGUAGUUUACUCCUGUUGAACAACACUGCCAGGAUCAUCUGGAACUUGCCCACAUUUUUGGAGGGUUUAUUUCUCUGUAAGCCACUGAAGGAUCGAUAGAACUGAGCUGAGGGAGGACCUGUCUCUGGAACACGUUCUGGUUUUCAAUAAGAGCAAGAGCGACAAACGGCCAAUGUCAGAGAGUAUGCCAGUAGUCAUCAGAACUUUCAAAAGGAAGCUGCCAAGAGGUCAAGAUGGCUGACAAUGUGUCUGCAUUGCCAUUCUUCUAUGGCAACAUAACCAGAGAGGAGGCAGAAGUCUAUCUGAGACAAGCAGGAAUGAACAACGGCUUGUACUUACUUCGGCAAAGUCGAAACUAUCUUGGAGGCUUUGCAUUGUCUGUUUCUAAUUCAGGUCGCUUCUACCACUACACAAUUGAAAGACAACCCAAUGAAAUGUAUGCUAUUGCUGGUGGGAAGAGUCACAGGUGCCCUACAGAUGUGAUAGACUAUCAUUCUCAAGAGAUGGAUGGUCUUGUAUGUCUGUUAAAGAAGCCCUGCAACAGACCCAAAAAUAUGCAGCCAAAGGUUGGUCCUUUUGAGGACCUAAAGGAAAGACUGAUCCGGGAAUAUGUGAAGCAGACUUGGAAGCUGCAGGGUCCAGCCCUUGAGCAGGCUAUCAUCAGCCAGAGGCCUCAGUUGGAGAAACUCAUUGCCACCACUGCUCAUGAAAAAAUGCCCUGGUUCCACGGAACAAUAACACGAGAGAACUCGGAGCCCAGGCUUCAGAAUGGUUCCCGUACAAAUGGAAAAUUCUUAAUUCGACAGAGAGAUCAAAAUGGAUCAUAUGCCUUAUGUUUACUGCAUGAAGGCCAAGUGAUGCAUUAUCGCAUUGACAAAGACAGGACCGGCAAGCUCUCCAUCCCUGACGGAAAGAAAUUUGACACCUUGUGGCAGUUGGUGGAGCAUUACUCCUACAAACCAGAUGGCUUGUUACGAGUACUCACAGAGCCAUGUCCAAGACCUGACGGUGAAACUGUGCUAAUAGGACGACCAGUACCUCCAUGGAACCGUCCUAUUUUAAUUACAAAGAAAACUGCAGCAGCUGGUAUUCGCACCAUAAUUAAUAAACUUCCCAUACCUGGAACUAAGAAUCCUAGACCACCCGUCGGCCCUAAUCCCUAUGAAACUGUGGAAAGGAAAUCUUCCCCAGUACAUGAGGAAACCUCAAACAGAAUGUUUAGGUCCAAAGAGGCAAUGCCGAUGGACACAGAGGUAUAUGAAAGCCCUUAUGCAGAUCCUGAUGAACUGAGGAGCUCCACCGUGGAUCGCAACCAACUUUUCCUGGAGGAUGGAGAAUUGGGCUCAGGAAACUUUGGCACUGUCAUGAAAGGAAUCUACAAGAUGAGAAAAACAGAGAAACCAGUUGCUGUUAAAAUUCUGAAGAAUGAUGAUAACAACCCAUCGGUGCGUGAGGAAAUGUUGCGAGAGGCAAAUGUCAUGCAGCAACUGGACAAUCCUUACAUUGUUCGGAUGAUCGGUAUCUGUGAGGCAGAAAACCUCAUGCUUGUCAUGGAACUGGCUGAACUGGGACCACUGAACAAGUUCCUCCAGAAAAACAAAAACACAUCAGUAAAGAACAUCACAGAGCUGGUUCAUCAGGUGUCUAUGGGGAUGAAAUACCUAGAAGAGCAUAACUUCGUUCAUAGAGAUCUUGCUGCCAGGAAUGUACUGCUGGUCACACAGCACUAUGCAAAAAUCAGUGAUUUUGGACUCUCAAAAGCUGUUGCAGAAGAGCAAAACUACUACAAGGCCAAGGGUCAUGGGAAGUGGCCAGUGAAGUGGUAUGCUCCUGAAUGUAUAAACUACUUCAAAUUUUCCUCCAAAAGUGAUGUCUGGAGCUUUGGUGUACUCAUGUGGGAAGCAUUUUCCUUUGGCCAAAAACCAUACAAGGGAAUGAAGGGAAAUGAUGUUAUGCAGAUGCUUGAGAGUGGAAAACGCAUGGAGCCACCAGUGAACUGCCCAACAGAAAUGUAUGACCUCAUGACAACUUGUUGGACAUAUAAGGUGGAAGAAAGACCUGGAUUUGCUGUCGUUGAGCCAAGACUACGAGAAUAUUACUAUGACAUUGCACAGUGAUGUGACAUGUCUUUGUGACAGAAUAUGUCAUAGUCAAUGUCAACAUGUCAAUGACAUCUUCUAUGUUAUUUGUAUGACGUUACUGGGCCAGGGGUGGGCAACUCCAGGCGUCAAGGUACAUUGUCCUGCAACCUUUAGAUGCGUCUCUACUUCAACACAACUGAGUCAAAUAAUGAGGUCACUGGCAGGACCCUAGUGCAGUCACCUCCUAAGUGUCUCCGCUUAGGAGUUGACCAGGACCAGGAUUGCCCACCCUUGAACUAGGCUAUAAAAAGUUUUGAAAAAGAUGAUUUGUCAUUUGUAAGCCAUGUGAAGUAGAGUAGAUAUGAAGUACAGAUACCGUCAUCUCAGUGUAUUUAAAGCCAGAAAUUUAUUUAGUAUUUUAGUAAAUGUGUGGAUCUAAAAAUGUGAGAGGUUGUACAUCACAAUCAGCUGUCAGUAUUAUAACCCAGGAUACAAACAUCCUAAAUUCUAAAAUUGUCUCUGAUUGAUUCAUUCUUGAUGAUGACAGAGAAAAGAACCACAUAGGUUAAGACUGGGGCAGACUUCAGGCGUUGCAUGAAUGUAUACUGAACAGGUGAAUGUCGCUUUUAAAGUACAGUUCUUUCUGUGACAAAAGGUCAGAAAUUUGGAAAUUCUUACAGCAUAAAAUAUUAUGGAUUCGUGAUAUAUAAUUUAGAACUUAUUUUUCUGUCUGACGUUGGCAAUCUUCUGUAAAUCACUGUUGAGAACAGCUUCUUAAGACUUUAAAUUAUCUGUGCUUCCUUAUGAAAAGUCUUAAAAUGUAAAUAAAAAUCUAAUACAGUU